AUGUACAUGAACUUCUGCAAACUCUGGGAGAUGAGCUGCAUCAACUACCAGCAGGGGACCCCGCACAAGGUGUUUCUGGUGCAGACGGUCACACAAGCCAGCCUGGAGGAUAUUCCAGGAAGAGGACAUAAGUAUCGUCUUAAAUUUUCUGUGGAAGAAAUUAUCCAAAAAGAAGUUACAGUGAACUGCACAGCUGAAGUACUGUACCCUCCAAUGGGACAAGAUACUGCACCAGAAGUCAACUUCACAUUUGAAGGAGAAAUUGGAAAAAACCCAGAUGAAGAAGAUAACACAUUUUAUCAAAGACUCAAGUCCAUGAAGGAACCACUAGAAGCACAAAAUAUUCCAGACAGUUUUGGAAAUGUACCUCCAGAAAUGAAGCCAGUUCGACAUUUAGCCUGGGUUGCCAGUGGUUAUAUAAUAUGGCAAAAUUCUACUGAAAAUACAUGGUAUAAAAUGGCAAAAAUUCAAACUGUCAAGCAAGUGCAAAGAAAUGAUGACUUCAUCGAGUUAGACUACACUAUUCUCCUUCAUGACAAUGCAUCUCAGGAGAUUAUUCCUUGGCAAAUGCAAGUUCUCUGGCAUCCACAAUAUGGUACUAAAGUAAAACAUAAUAGCCGUCUGCCAAAGGAAGCACAAUUGGAAUAAACAAGGACCAUAACACUGGAUAAAGUGUAAACACGCUUGUUAAUGAUGACCUGUAUACUAGUCUUCACUGAUAUCUAGCUUAAGGGGUUAGACAAAUCCCAAAAGUGUCAUUAUGUAUAAAUGGCCUGAUUACAGUACAGAACUAUGUAGCUUCCAUAAUAAAGCGCAUCACAGUGUCAAAGUGUCUUAUCAACAGUAACAGUGCC